UAGAAGAGCUCGGACAGCGCCCGGGUUCUUCUGCGGCCCUCCUGCCUGUGCCGCUCUUGCUAUUCUACGUGCCAGCUCUGGCCUUAGAUCGCGUCGCCUCCAAGAUCGCUGUUGCUCUCUGUCUGAGUUCAAGAGGUAAUAAAGACUGUAUUAGGAAUUGCUUUAAGAAGAGAGAAUCAUGUCGUGCUUUUCUUGCUGUGAGGAAGAUGAUGUCCAUCGAACAACUGAUAGAAGAGAUCCCCAUAUGGGAAGCCAUUCAGUAGGGAUUGAUGGACCAUAUCGUGCCACAGAGCCUGCCCCUAAGGGUGCUCAAACUGUAAAAAUCCAGCCUAUUGCAGUCCCAACCAUUCCUGUAGAAGAAAUAAAGGAAAUUACCAGAAGUUUCAGUGAUGAGGCAUUAGUUGGUGAGGGUUCAUUUGGCAGAGUAUAUUUUGGUGUUCUUAAAAAUGGGAGAAGUGUGGCCAUAAAAAAAUUAGAUGCAAGUAAGCAGCCAGACCAAGAAUUUUUGGCACAGGUUUCUAUGGUAUCAAGGCUAAAGCAUGAAAAUGUUGUGGAGCUGAUCGGUUAUUGUGUUGAUGGAAAUCUCCGUGUUCUUGCCUAUGAGUUUGCAACUAUGGGAUCCCUUCAUGAUAUUCUUCAUGGGAGAAAAGGUGUCAAAGGAGCACAGCCAGGUCCUGUUUUGUCAUGGACGCAACGAGUUAAGAUUGCUGCAGGAGCAGCGAAAGGACUUGAAUACCUACAUGAGAAAGCACAACCUCAUGUUAUUCAUCGGGACAUCAAGUCCAGCAAUGUUCUACUUUUUGAUGAUCAUGUUGCGAAGGUAGCAGAUUUUGACCUAUCGAAUCAGGCUCCUGACAUGGCAGCUCGACUUCACUCUACUCGAGUUCUUGGUACCUUUGGUUAUCAUGCACCAGAAUAUGCGAUGACGGGACAGCUUAGCUCUAAGAGUGACGUGUACAGCUUUGGUGUUAUUCUUUUGGAGCUCUUGACCGGCCGCAAACCAGUAGAUCAUACAUUACCACGGGGCCAGCAAAGCCUUGUGACAUGGGCAACACCAAGGCUUAGUGAAGACAAGGUAAGGCAAUGUGUGGACACAAGACUAAGUGGAGAAUAUCCUCCCAAAGCAGUUGCAAAGUUUGCUGCGGUGGCUGCGUUGUGCGUGCAGUAUGAAGCUGAUUUCCGACCAAACAUGAGCAUUGUUGUCAAAGCUCUUCAGCCCUUGCUGAAUACUCGAUCUGGCCAUCCUGGGGAGGCAGCGGGAUUGUGAAUUCCUGCUCCUCCCACUCUUUGCUGUCUUAUUGGGGAAAUGCAUCAUUAAGCUUGUUGGCUAAAUGACGGGGGUCGAUCGAAUACCAUUCUUCUCGAAGGACUAAUGAUUCGAGAACCUACUGUAUUUGGAUAUUUCUUUAAUAAUGGAUGACGUUUUUUUUUGCCUGUUAA